AUGGCAACAUUCAUCAAACGGACGGCCUCGCUCAGCCCCUCGGUCGUAUCCUCCUUCUCCAGUCUCCACCAUCAACGCCGAGAACCGACGGAGGAGGAAUAUGAGCGGGUGGCCCAGCUCAUGGCCGAGCAACGCCAGGAAGACGGAAACCGUCGAUCGGGCGAAUUCAGCCAUAAAGAAGCCACCCCGGUACUCUCCAAGCUCGCCAGGGGCGCCAUCCCGGACGCCACGCCGGGAUUGGCCCAGGCGCUCCUCGACUGGGGCGCCGAUGUGUCCAUCGUGAGGCCCAAGAGCACGAACUUCUUCAAGAUGCUCUCGGGUAAGGACCAGUUCGAGGAGCGCAGCGACGUGCUCGAGCAGGCGACCAGGAACUGCGACGCGGACAUCCUCAUCGUUCUCGCCCAGGACGCCGACGAACAAGCCGUCAACCAGGCGCUCCCCGCGGCCCUACGCCUGGCGGACACCGUCAAGACCGGCAUUCUCCUCGCCAGGGGCGCCGACGCGACCCCCCACUGCGACCUCUUCCUGUUGUGCGUCGACUCGGCGCCCGUCGACAUGAUCAUCCUGCUGAUGCGGGACGUCAAGGGGGCCUGCGGGAGCUGCAAGAACAAGGGUCUCGUGCGCGCCGCGAAGGCGGGGAGCGUCGAGAAGGCGAACCUGCUCAUGGACAAGGGCGCCGACCCGUCCUUCAACGGGGCGUCAGCUCUGUUCGAGGCCAUCAGGAUGGGGAAGGACGAGGUCGCCCUGGCCAUUAUAUCCCGUCCCGCGAUGAAGAAGCACCCGUCCCUACUCACGACGGCCGCGCAGUCUGCUCUGGACCACGGCCGGAAGAAAGUGCUCCAAGCGUGUCUGGACGCCGGCUCCGAAGACUUGACGGCCCAUAGGCAAGACGCAACGCUCCAGAGUCAGGUAACUUUCAACAGUCCUGUCGAUCCGAGACUGACUGGGACAUCCAGCAUCGAGGUAGAUUUCAUGCAAGCCGCCAACGCCGGCCGUCUCGAUACAAUACAGCAACUCCUCGCCAACAACCGAGCAGACACGCUACCGCAGAGCGUCAUGGUCAAGCUGCUCACCCAGUCCAUCGAUCUGCCUGACUUGACGACGGCACACAGGCUGGUCGACAUGCUCCUCUCCACGGGGGGUCUACGAGGGAACACGGUUGCCAACUCCCUUUGCAGGAUCCUGAGCAGAGCUGUGCCGCCGGCCAACGAGACAGACCGGGUCCAGAUCGUCAAGCUGCUCUUGGGAAAGGGGCGUGCCGAUGUCAACGUUGGCAGAGGCACCGCCGUCCUGCAAGCGCUGAGCCAGGGCCGACUCGACAUCCUCGGCAUGAUGCUCCGGCACGGUGCCUCGGCCGAGACUUUCUCCGUCGCCAUCGACGCGUCGAUGAAGGUGGCGGUUCCCAGAGACCGCUUGGCGGCUGUGAAAGUGCUCGUCGAGAGCGGAAACGUUGCCACGAGCGAGUCUCUGCAGGCCGCCGCCGUGGCGGCCGCUUCCAGGAGCGCCGCCCUCGACGUCUUGCAGUACCUGGCGGAAUUCGUCACCUCGCCCGGCGUCUUCAGCGCCGGAAUCGGCGCCCUUGCGAGGGAGUGUGACGACUGGACAUCUCCCCGGGGCCUCUACGUGGCGCAAUUCCUCUUGGACCGCGGCGCGUCUGGUCCAGAGGUAGACGGCGCCAUGGCGCGGGCCGCGGGCUUGUACAGCCGCGAUGCCGUCCAGCUGCUGGCAACGUCGACGGAACCGGCCUCUCUCGAUCAGGUCCUCGGGUUUGUGAUCGAUGCCUCGCCGCACUGGCAGCUCCGCCAGAACCUGUGGCUCGUUCACUCGUUGCUGGAAUGGGGCUGCAAGGGCGCGAGCGUCGACCGGGCCCUCGUCCAGGCAGUCAGCGCCCAUGGCGAAGAGCAUAAUCUGCAGCUGCUCAUCGACACGCUCCUCCUCGUGGGCAUCGGCGCUGACGUGAACCACGUAGGCGGCAAGGCCCUGCAGAUCGCGGCCGGGCGAGGACACGCUCCGCUCGUGAACAAGCUGGCAUUGAACGGCGCCGGGAGGCUGGCCCUGACCAACGCCUUUCAAGCCGUCAUCACGUCGAGGAUGGACGAGGCGACGGCCUUGAACCUGCUCGACAUCUUGGUCGCCGGCUGCGAACGGAGCAGGACGCGGUUCGAUGUCGACGCGGUGCUUGCCGACGGCCGGUGCCCCCUCGAAGCAUGUAUAUCGACGCACCCAAAGGCGGAGAAGCUCGGGCGGCGUCUUAUAAAGCUGGGAUGUCGAGCCGGGACGCUGGUCAGCAUGAAGCUGGACGGCGGCGAGGAACGCGUGCCCCUCCUCGUCUGGGCGCUAUAUCAAAGUGGUCAAGGGGCAGUGGCACCCGCUCUGCUGACGGCCAUGGUCGAUACUCAUCGCGACGUGGUAAACUAUCGAUCCGCAUCUGGCAUCACGCCCCUGAUAGCCGCGGCCCAUCUCGGAAGCAAUGAACUCGUCGGCAAGCUUCUCGGGGCCGGCGCCAGGCCCAACGAGCGAGACAACGCCCGCCGGACGGCGCUAUUCUUCGCGUCGGCGGCCGGGCAUAUGGUCGCCUUGCAGGCCCUCGUCAAAGCCGGGGCGGCACAGAACGACGGAAGCCUCCACGAGGCCGCGAGGAACACGCACAGCGAGGCCGUCGCGGCCCUCAUCAAGGCCAAGCACGAGGCCAACUUCCCCAGCAGCCUGCACGAGGGACGCACCGCGCUGCAGGAGCUGUGCUACCGCUGCAGCUGCGGCACCAUCUACCCGGAGCUGGAGGACACCAUCCGCGCGCUCGAACGGGGCAAGGCGGACCCUUUCGCCGUGCACGCAGAGAGGAACGCGCUGUUCCUCGCCCUCGAGAACGCGAGGCCAUACCACAUCACCAAGGCCUUUCUCGACAUCCAGAUGUGGCGGCACGUCAACGACGAGCGCAACGUCUUCUUCUGCGUGGACCCGGCCGCCGCCCCGUCCACCGCCGGCUACGUCUACUCGGCGACCCUCUACCUGCGUCACGGCCUCUACCAGGGCGACCCGCAGCACGUCCCCCGCCUCCUGGCGCUGCUGGCCGAGAAGGCCUGCCAGGACCGCUUCUUCGCCCGGUUCGGCCCGCACCAGCUCGAGGCCCUCCAGCCGCCCGAGGCCGUGGGCGUGCCCCCGGCGCUCGCGGACGAGGACGCCCGGAGGCGCGCGGCGCAGGAGCGGCGACGGGCCCGGGACCGCGACCACGCGGACAGGCUGAGGCAGGAGCAGGAGGGGGCCGCGGUGAAGGCGGAGAUCGAGGGGAGGCAGCACCGGCUGCGGCUCGAGCGGCAGCAGCAGACCAGCGUGCUCCAGGCGGCCUUGGCUGCGCAGCAGGUUGAGGUGCGUAACGCGAGGAGGCAGAGUCAGCAGACGCCGGUGGCGGCUAUAGGCAACAAGAAUGGCGUGGUGGCGAGGGCGGGGGAUCAGGGCCGACAGAGUCGGUUGAAGCGGGCGUAG